AUGAGCACCUCGGGGCUUCAGGCCACAAACAGGCGGAACGUGAAGGAGCUUGACAGCAUGAAGGAGUCCAUCAGCGACAUCAUCAACCAGCUCCAGGACAUCGACCCCACCAGGCUCUCUUUCUCCCCUUUCCUUGACCUGGACACGCAGAUCUCUUUAGCCCCGGUUUCAGACAGUCCCGAAUCGUCCGUGGAGGAGCUGCACUCGUCCUCCCACUCCGUCUCCGGCUCCCAGAAUUCCCUUGAACCUCCACCAGCAACAGAUCAGCCAAAGAGUGAGUUAUUCCUGUGGCUUUUUUCACUGUCUGCAAGAGCUGAAAGAGCAAAACCGUAAGAGCUCAAGCCAAGCUUUAGUCCGGAUCAAGUUCAGGGCCAAAUACAUUUGUAAUCUUCUGAUUCACUCUGGACUAUCCAGACCAUUCAAGUUGUAAGGGACAGGUCUGCUUUCUGUCCCCAGACUCAGAGCCAAACAUGGAGGAGUAGCAUUUAGUUUUGUGCCUUGAAUAUCUGUAACAAACCCUCCUGUUUACAGCAGCUUUUUAUUCAUUUAAUUGUACGUUUAUUUCAAGAACAGUUCUGAUUGAAUUGGACUGCUUUCUUCUACUCUUGUAUUUCAUAACAGCUUCAGUUUAACUGUUUUUAUUUUAACUUAUCUUAAGUGUGAUAAUUCUUCAAUCCUGUCUCAUAAUGUGCUAAAAAUCUGCUCUUUGUUCUAAUGUCUUAUGUGCUCUAUAGAAAAACAGCCAGAGAGCGUUAAGACAGAUUCAGGUGUGGUUAAAGUAGAACGACUCCUCGUGAACAAAGCUCGUGUAUUUAAAACAUUUCUAUUUAAUUUUGAGUAACUGCACUGUCAUAUUCAGGUCCUCAGAGGCCCUAAAAGCCCCACAGUCACUGUCACUUUUAUUAUUUUUGGCCUUCCAUUAAACACAUAAAUUUUGCAUAGGUCCUCUGUUGUGAGAUUACCUUGUGUUGGAUAAGGUACGACUUCAAGAAUGAACUAACAUCAGUGUAAAGAUACACAGAGGAUGUGUAGUAACACUACUCAAGAGUCCAUAUUUCAUGUUGGAUGGAUUAACUUCUAGAUGUUUUGAAAUCAACUCAUUUGUAGUCUUCAGAGAGGACUACAGUCAUACCUGACAGUGAAGGGGUGAUGUUACUGUUGGACCUCCAAACUGUUGCAGAAGGCCCACCUGUGCUUUGACCCGUGUGUGACAUACAGUGAGGGGAUAACUGGUUUUUUUUGGCCUGUGGCUGGUUUCUUUCAGUAUGUGGUUUUGGUUUCUGGAUUAAAAUGAACUCUGUUUUGAACAGGCUCUGCUCCCUGCCACCAGCAGCCCAGAGGCAACCUCCUGCAGGAGCCACGUGCAGACCAGGAGGAGGAGGGGGAGCUGGAUCAAACUCUUUCCAGUCCCAUCAUCCCGGCGCACGAUUUGGACGCCAUCACGGAAAACUGCAUCAGCUUUCCAAGCCCGACCUCUCAGGGAGACAUUCCCAAUGGCACAGACAUGCCGAGAUGGAGCCCAGAAUCCACCAAUUUGGAUUCAACUAUCGAUGAGGGACGACCUUUGAUAGGACCUCCGCCGGAGAGUGUGGAGCUGACUGUGUGGACCUCGGAAGAGCAGGGAGAGACUUGUGAGACCACAGAGGGGGCUGGAGAUCGAGGACGAUGCUGCUGUCGCUGCUGCCAGUGUCGAUGCUGCCAGAGCGGCCGAGUUCCUGCUUUCCUCUCAGUCUUGGCCUCUCUUCUGUGUGCUGCUGGGAUUCUCUAUGCACUCUAUUUCCACGUCCCCAUAAAACCCCCUGACUACCCCGACACGCCCUCCCGCAUUGUCUUCACCCUGUGCUGCUGUGUGGUGGCAGCCGUCCCCAUCCUUCUCGGUAAACACCUGUACACCGACAGUCAAAAAAACAACUACAUAUGAAAGAUAAAGAUUAAGAGAGGAUUUGGUUUGUCUGGCCGCCUUGUCUAGGAAUGUUUCAAUGUCCCCUGUCCUCUUUAAUUUCAUUUGCUCUAGACCUCACUGCAGCAGACGUCUCUGUGGGCCUCAGCAGAGAGAAGCAUAAUUUCCCUCUGCUGCACAUGGCUUUAAAUGGAAACUACAAUAAGAGGCUGGCAGUGUUUCUGUCUCUCAGGCUGUGGCCUAAUUAUUUCAGAAUAUUCAAAUCUUUUCCCAACCUCGAUGACUGCAGAGAGAUAGAAAGGGCAGGUGGCAAGACAUGCAAACAUUCGAGUACAGCGAGUUUUUUGUAUUCCGAUAUCUGCUUAUCUGAAAUACAAGGUUUGGGUCAGCGCAUCGGACACUGUCAACUCCAUUUUUUUAACUUCUUCCCUUUUUUGCGAUCAUUCAAGUGUUUUACAAUUUAGAUAAGAAGUAAAAGAGCAUUUCUACACAAUACAUAGUGAAUUCACUCUGUCCACAAUUAAUUAAAACUUUAUUUUUUCAUAAUUUCCUGGAGCAGAUAAAUCAUGAAGAUAUUUAGUAGCUCAUGCAGACUAUUUUGCUCUCAUCCAUUUGUCAUAUAGAUGCCAGUGAAGAUCAUUUGCAUGUAGGUCAUUCUGUUGGUGGUUGCUCAAUUCAAAUCAAGAUAAACAAAGUGUGCCAUCAGAGGACAUUAGUUGCUGUUUUGAGUGUUGAAAAUGCAUUUCUAUAAAAAUGAUUCAAGAUGCAAACUGACUCACUGCUCUCUCAUCCCCCACAGCGAUGCUCAUAGGUGCUGUGUGCCAGUUCUGCACAGCCUCCUUCAACCUGACCGACUCAAUCCCCAGAAGACGGGCGGUUCAGCAGCUGUUUGUCACAGGAUCCUCUGAGCAGUUACUCCUCUACAUCCUCAAUCUGGUCGUCAUGGCUACUUUGCUGCCUCAAGACCAGCUGAAGUUGGUGCCAAUAAUGGUGGCCAUGUUUGUAAUAGGAAGGUGAGUCUAAUAGCGAAUACUUAAUUCUCAUAACAGGCUUGAGGGACUAAAUGCAACGCACAUUCAUUCACUUUUAAGAAGACUGACAUGUAAACUAGAGUAUUAGCUUCAAAAACACAAAACCGCACAUGUUGAACACCAAUCGACGGGUUUCUUGUGUGUAAACAAUACUAGGUGCGCACGCAACCAGGGGGCAAAAGCCUGCUUCGGAGUGAACUGUUAUCAGUGAAGAUGCCGUAUAGUUCGAAAGUUCUCCCUGACACAAUUGCAAUAAAAUGUCAUUUCAUUGAAAAAUCGCUUAGUCUUUCAUUGCAUCAAAAUCAGAGAAACAUUUCCUGAAAUAUCCAUGAAUUUCACUCAAUUUACCAGGUUGCAACCAUAGACUGUAUAUACUAUGGACAACUUGGUUCCGCCUACCGCCUGUAUACGGAUUUGAAGCCAAAAAGCUCUCGGUAUUUCCGGGAUUUUUCUUCAUUUCCUGAAACCAGCGCUGCGCAGUAGCGAUGCGCGCAUUCGGCCGUGCAGUCGCCGAGAGUCGCUGUGAUGACGCUCGGCUCAAACAGCGUAUCCUCCCGGGUGAGCUACUCAAUCCCUGAACGCCAAUAGGCUGUAUAAGGUGUCAAUCAUAGAAAACAUGAACCCCCUAAUAACUUUUUAAAACGGAGCUUCACAGAAAAAUGAGGACUUGAGCACAAAAAAAGUCUUACAAUAACUACAUGUCAACAUCACAACCAGGGGGGAGAAAAAUGUAUAUUCUGUGUAAUAAAUUUCUAAAGUUUGUCCACAGCUCCAUAAGCUUUGCUGGCAGAGGUGGGAUUUAUGACCUAUACUGCAGCCCAUCAACAGAGGGUGCUGUUCUCGGAGUGGCUUCACCCAGCGAGGAGGCAGACUCUGUCCAUUCUUUGCACAGUCUAUGGUUGCAACGUUGUUUUAGAUGUUUCUAAUAUCCGGAGCAGGGUCGUAAUGUUUGCGGAUUUGUUUGUUUUGCCGAUUUGUGCAGUUUACAGCACAACAGCUCCUUGUCAUUUUCUUUCUCCGUUGACUCCGCUAGUAAACAAAUAAGAAAUGUCCCGCUUUCUGCCCCCUGCCUGCGCACAAACCUGCGAUGACGUUGCACAGAAACCCGUCUAUAUGGAGAGUCUACUGCCAUUACAGCUGCUCUCUGAAUUUUUCCUUUUACCCCAGAGGUCAGUGCCAGCAAUGGGUUUCAGCCCAAAAUGACUGAACUUCCUGUUUAACAGGCAAAUUAGCACUUGAUAGCAAUCCCAGUUGCAUUAGGCAGUAAUUCUGCUUAUAAUCACCAUAGCAACGUGUCCUCAGAAAGACACUGGACAUUUUUACGGGAACUCCAAAGGCAGUUAGAUUCAUCCUACAGGAACCAUAAAUGUCUGUACUAAAACGUUUAACCAAUGCAUUCAGUUGUAAUUGUGUUAUUUCAGUCUGGAUUAAAGUGUUGGACCAAAAGCCCGACGCUGAAGCCACGCCGCUAGAAUAUCUAAAAAUGAACACAACCACUGUCAUUAACAAAGCCGAGCAGAACUUUUGGCAGAGCGUGGUAGAGCAGCGGAGGGCUCAAAAUGACACCAAGUUACAUGAACUCAGCUGCACUGAACUCUCCCAUCAGCUCAGCUCGUAUUGGAGCUUUAAGUUUUAUUUUGGAUUAUUUGUGGUUCUACCGUGUUCAGAAGGAAUCAAAUAUUCAGGGAAAAGAGUUGGGAGGAAACAGCUAGUAUAGCUAUGUCGGUAUCUGCUCCACAGAGAAACCAGGUCGUCACAACACUAGUUCACUCUUUUCUUGUGAGUCAACUAUAAACUGGUUGGUUUUGUUGUGGGGACUCUUUGUUUGGCAACAAGCAAAGAGGGCAAGAAGUUUAUGGACCCGGUUUCUGUGCUUUUUACUCAGUGAGGCAAGUCUCUGACAGCCUUAGGUACAAGUUUGCUUAAGUUUUUUACCCGACAAAUACACGAUAAGUUUACACCAAUGAUUAAUUUGUCUCAUUAUAUUUAUUUACAGAGUUUUUUCCACCCCUAGGUUGGAAAUCACCUCGUCAAACUAGUAAAUGUUUAAGAGUACGAACAAUUUUAGGUUGUAAUUCAAUACAUGAUCACAAAAACAGGGCUGCGCUUUGAAUACAGGGCUCCUACCUGUAAUUUAGUUAUUUUACACUGAUAAGCUGCACUGGCAUCAAAAAGUGUCUGAAAUGAGGCGCGUCCAUCAGAGAGAUUGUGAAAGUUUAUCAGUAAAGUUUGAACUUGAUCUGAUUUACUUUUCGUGUUUAUUUUUGUUGCCCUCUGCAGACUUGUUUACUGGGUCAGCCUGAACGUGUGCAGCUCCUGGCGAGGGUUCGGCUCCGGCCUGACCAUGUUCCCACUUCUUGCCUUGGUUGCACUCAAUCUGUUCCUCAUCUACAAUCUGAAUCUCAAAGAACCUCUUCUUGGCUCUCAGGACAUCCUCUUAAAUCAGGUCACCCCCUCUUCCUGGUCAGGGGAGACAUCACAGAGCCCGAGUGGCAAACCAGACAUCCUACCCACAGACAUCCUGGACGCACAGUGA